GAACUAACUCCACCAUCUUAUUCUGAUUGUCACUUUUCACUUAAAAAGGAUUUUAAUUUCGUUGGGUUUCCUUUCUCACACCCACCAAUCAUUUUCUUCACAUUUUUACAUUGUUGAGUGGAUUUUGCACAAUCGUUAUCAAUUUUUCCUUCAUUUUCGUUUUAGCUAGCAGAAUCAAAGGUGCAAGAGGAACUUGAAGUGAUGGAACCCCAGGAUGAAGAAGAGAUCCAUAACUGUUUAAUCAAGCUGAGAAGUAAUCCUCGAAGGCGAAGGGAUAAGGUUUACAUUGGCUGUGGAGCAGGGUUUGGUGGUGACAGGCCUUUGGCUGCUCUUAAGCUGCUUCAAAGAGUUCAAGAACUAAAUUAUCUGGUUCUGGAAUGCCUGGCUGAGCGGACUCUCGUUGAUCGUUAUCAAAUCAUGAUGUCUGGUGGUGAUGGUUACGAUUCUCAGAUUUCUAACUGGAUGCGUAUGCUGCUGCCUCUGGCUUUGGAAAGAGGAACUUGCAUAAUUACCAAUAUGGGUGCAAUGGAUCCUCUGGGUGCUCAACACAAGGUCUUAGAAAUUGCUGAUAGCUUGGGUCUCAAUGUUUCUGUUGCUGUGGCUCAUGAGGUGUCUGUCACUAAUAUAGGUUCAGGAUUUUCACCAGCAAAAUCAUAUUCCAUGGAUGGAGGUAUCAGCACAUACUUGGGAGCUGCUCCCAUUGUUCGUUGUCUUGAAAAUUACCAACCAAAUGUAAUAAUCACUUCGAGAAUUGCAGAUGCUGCUUUAUUUCUAGCGCCUAUGGUUUAUGAACUAGGAUGGAACUGGGAUGAAUUAGAUCAUCUAGCUCAAGGUUCUCUGGCUGGCCAUCUUCUAGAAUGUGGUUGCCAACUCACAGGAGGAUAUUUCAUGCAUCCAGGAGACCAGUACCGAGAUAUGUCCUUCCCGCAACUACUGGAUUUAUCACUUCCAUUUGCUGAAAUCUGUUUUGAUGGCCAAGUGUGUGUAGCAAAGGCCGAAGGUAGUGGUGGAGUUUUAAAUUUCAGUACAUGUGCUGAACAAUUAUUGUAUGAGGUUGGAGACCCAGAGGCUUAUGUAACCCCUGAUGUGGUGAUUAAUUUUCAGGAUGUUUCUUUCAGUCCACUAUCAAGCUCUAGAGUUCUCUGUCUUGGGGCGAAACCAUCUACUGUAUCAGUUCCAGAUAAACUUUUGCAGCUGGUUCCGCUGGAUUGUGGAUGGAAAGGAUGGGGAGAGAUAUCUUACGGGGGUUAUGAAUGUGUUAAACGUGCUAAAGCAGCAGAAUAUCUGGUUAGAUCAUGGAUGGAAGAAAUAUUUCCUGGUCUUAAUCACCGUAUACUUUCUUAUAUAAUUGGGUUUGAUAGUCUUAAAGCUACCAGCAGCAAUGGAAAUGAGCAGUCACAAAUAACUAGUGAAGAUGUCAGGCUACGCAUGGAUGGCCUUUUUGAGCAGAAGGAACAAGCCCUCCAAUUUACCAGAGAAUUUAUAGCAUUGUAUACAAAUGGACCAGCUGGUGGUGGUGGUAUAAGUACUGGAUAUAAGAAGGAGAAUCUUCUAGAGAAACAUUUGGUUAACCGCGAAGAAGUUUUCUGGCGAACUGGGGUAAAGAGGAACACAGUGAGUGAGCUAAAUGAAGUAGUUAAUCCUGAACACAAUCUGAGGCACACAUUGACAGUGGCAGCAAAACUACAAACCGAAAUUGACAAAUCCUCUUCAGAAUUUGCUUUUCUUGGUAGUAGUUGCUCACAUUCACCUGCUCCAUCUGGCCAGAAGAUUCCACUUUACAAGGUAGCACACAGCAGAGCUGGAGAUAAAGGAAAUGACAUAAAUUUUUCCCUCAUCCCUCAUUUUCCUCCUGAUUAUAAGAGGUUGAAACUAAUUAUUACAUCUCAGUGGGUAAAAUCAGUGGUCUCCCAUCUUCUGGAUUUGUCUCUUUCUUCUGAUCUAGAUGCAAGAAAUCAAACAGACAAAAGGGUCAAUGAAAAGGUUACAGUGGAGAUAUAUGAAGUCAAAGGAAUCCAGUCAUUGAACAUUGUUGUCAGGAACAUCCUGGAUGGUGGUGUCAACUGUUCUCGAAGAAUUGAUAGGCAUGGAAAGACCAUUUCAGAUCUCAUUCUGAGUCAACAAGUUGUGCUACCUCCUUGAUUGUGCGAUUCACUAUGUGCUAAUGGUCUCAUGAUUGGAAUAGAAUUAAACAUUGGAAAACAAGAGUGAUAAAGUUUAUUGAAGCUAGGAACUACUUUAAUUGAAGUAGGACUCUAAUUUUUCCAUAAUUUUGUGCUCUUUGACAGAGUAAUGGCCAAGCAAUCGAAGAUAAACUUUAAUCCUCAUUAUUCAUUCUAUCUAAUAAAGUCUGAAAGUGCUCAAUA